UCGCCAUCGAUCGCGGCCACGCCAUCGUCUUCCAAAGCGCCGAAGCGCCAAUUCAAAGUCUCGGUGCAGCACAUCCCGCUGAUGUACGAGAUCCGCGACGGCAAGAUGACCUGCCGGAUGUGCCUCGAGCGCGUCAGAAAGCUGGGGGCGAGCUCGUGUCCGCCGCCGGUCGUUCUUCCGGAGUCGGCGCCGUGGGACGAGAUCGCGGGCCACUGUGCGGACGCACACCCGGUCGGGUACGACCAGCUCGCGGAGAUGACGGCCACCGAGAUCGAGCAGAAGAAGCAGACGUUCAAGCUG